GGCCAUAAAAAAGACUUCAGCUGGCAGAGCAACACAAGCGGCUGAGCGGAGAGCAGAGAAGCAGCAAGAGUGUUGAAGAAUGCAGAUAGACGCAGCUAACUUCAGAUGGUGCGGCUUCAGGGAAAGAUGACCCUCUUUCACCGUCUGCUUUCCAGUUCCCAUCCCACCAGGAGCCACCACUCAAUCAAAUCCUCCGCAUACACUACUCUUCAAUCCGUUCGUAUGACCUAAUUCUUCCUGGACGCCGGACAGGCACCCCGGUGCCGAGAGGCCAGGGCUUGGACGCUGCUGUGAGGCCCGCACAGAGCCUAUUCCCGUCAGAGAGGAGUGACCGGCCGGUUCCAGCAUUCAUUCGUUCGCUCCGGUUCCCGCACUCGCACGCUCUGCCGCCAGUAGUGGCAGGAGGCGAGCUGAGUGAAAUGAGCUGCUCCAGUUCCCGCCCACGAAGGGGGUUAAGGUGAAGGGAACAAUCCUGUCUCAUCUGGGGGCCUGUCCAGGAUAUGAAAAACAGGUCUCGCUUUGUCACCCAGGCUGGAGUGCCAUGGAGCAAUCACGGCUCACUGCAACCUUGACCUCUGGGCUCAAGCAAUCCUCCCACUUCAGCCUCGUAAGUAGCUGGUAUGCACCACCACAGCCAGAGUAUCACUCCAUCACCCAGGCUGGAGCACAGUGGUGCAACCUCAGCUCACUGCAAGCUCUGCCUCCUGGGUUCGAGUGAUUCAUGUGCCUCAGCCUCCCAAGUAGCUGGAAUUACAGAGGAAAGACUAGAAGGUUCUGUACCUGUUAACAGUGGCUGAUCCUAGAAGAGUGAAAUUUAGGGUAGUUGGAAAGAACACAGCACAGAAAACUUUAGGAUGAAUUUUCCUAGCAGCCAUUCUGUAUCGUCAAAGAUCUUCUAGAUUUUUACGUUCUCCUUGUCUUUGCUGUGUACCCCUGGGAGAAACAAAGGGUGAGAAGAAACAAGGGAAAGGAGAAACAUUUGUGUUUUCCAAGUUUUCAGUGUUGAUCAGGUAUUUUCCUCCUUUCCUGAAAUAAUGUGUAGUUCUGACCAAGUGAGAAGAAUCAUAAGUUUCUCAAUUUUUUUUUCUUAGAAUAUGGGAUUUUGAAAAACAUGAAAACAUCCUAAGAAAUACCAGGAAGGAGUCCCACAGUGAAGCACAAAUGAAACUCAAGAUGACUGCCUAAAAUAAGGGAAAUCUAUUAAUUGGAAGAUGUCUCAUCAGAGGCACUCUGCUACAGAACUGCCCAAGUGAAGAGUUCAGAGUGCGGUGGGGUGCUAAGGAAAGCUUCUGGAUGCUGCUGCCUGCUGUGCACUGCAGGAGCUGGGAACUGGAGAAGUCACAAGCACUGCAGGAGCCUAAUGCUGGAGAAAAUGCCCGUGAUGCAGGGGCUGGACGCUGGAGAAGCUGUGUGCAACACAGGAGCCAGGGGCUGGAGAAGCUGUGUGUGCAGGAGCCUGCCAGGCAAUCGGAGGAUCAUGUGGUUUACUUCCAGCGAGCUGCCCCGUGGUCCUCCAGCCAGCUCCGGGGGCCACAGUUUUCACACGCUCCGGGAGCGAUCCGAGAGCCGCCUUUUCGUGGAAAGUUACGCUGCCGCCUGGCAACCCCCGGGAACCUCGGGAGGGGCAAGUUGCUGCUCAUCCCUCAGUGCUCAAGUCAUGAGUAGCGAAGUCCUGGCUGAGCUGCACUGGGAGGAUGGGUUCGCCAUCCCGGUGGCGAACGAGGAGAACAAGCUACUGGAAGAUCAGUUGUCAAAGCUGAAGGAUGAAAGAGCAAGCUUGCAAGAUGAGUUACGUGAGUAUGAAGAGCGAAUUAAUUCUAUGACUUCUCACUUCAAAAAUGUUAAGCAAGAGCUCUCAAUUACACAGUCUCUUUGCAAAGCAAGGGAGCGUGAGACUGAAAGUGAAGAACAUUUUAAGGCCAUUGCUCAGAGAGAAUUGGGACGAGUGAAAGAUGAAAUUCAAAGGCUGGAAAAUGAGAUGGCUUCAAUACUGGAAAAGAAAAGUGAUAAAGAAAAUGGCAUAUUUAAAGCCACUCAAAAAUUGGAUGGUUUGAAAUGUCAAAUGAACUGGGACCAGCAAGCAUUGGAGGCCUGGUUAGAAGAAUCAGCUCAUAAAGAUAGUGAUGCUCUCACUCUUCAGAAGUAUGCACAACAAGAUGAUAAUAAAAUUAGGGCACUGACUCUGCAAUUAGAAAGACUAACUUUGGAAUGUAAUCAGAAAAGAAAGAUACUUGACAACGAACUUACAGAGACUAUAAGCGCACAGUUAGAAUUGGAUAAAGCAGCACAAGAUUUUCGUAAGAUUCAUAAUGAAAGACAAGAACUCAUUAAACAAUGGGAGAACACAAUAGAACAGAUGCAGAAGAGGGAUGGAGACAUAGAUAACUGUGCUUUGGAAUUAGCAAGGAUAAAGCAGGAAACGAGAGAAAAAGAAAAUUUGGUUAAAGAAAAGAUCAAGUUUUUGGAAAGUGAGAUUGGGAAUAACACAGAGUUUGAGAAAAGAAUUUCUGUGGCUGAUCGUAAACUUUUAAAAUAUAGAACGGCAUAUCAGGACCAUGAAACUAGUAGAAUUCAGCUGAAGGGUGAGCUGGAUUCUUUAAAAGCCACUGUGAAUAGAACUUCCAGUGAUUUAGAAGCUCUGAGGAAAAAUAUUUCCAAGAUAAAGAAGGACAUUCAUGAAGAAACAGCAAGGUUACAAAAAACUAAAAAUCAUAAUGAGAUAAUACAAACAAAAUUAAAGGAGAUAACUGAGAAAACCAUGUCUGUAGAAGAGAAAGCUACUAAUUUGGAAGAUAUGCUAAAGGAGGAGGAAAAAGAUGUGAAGGAAGUAGAUGUUCAACUGAACCUCAUAAAAGGUGUGCUGUUUAAGAAAGCUCAGGAGUUACAGACUGAGACAAUGAAAGAAAAAGCUGUUUUAUCAGAAAUUGAAGGAACUCGUUCCUCUCUGAAACAUCUCAACCAUCAGUUACAAAAACUGGAUUUUGAAACCUUGAAGCAGCAAGAAAUUAUGUACAGUCAGGAUUUUCACAUUCAACAAGUGGAACGGAGAAUGUCACGGUUAAAGGGAGAAAUUAAUUCAGAAGAAAAACAAGCGCUUGAAGCAAAAAUUGUUGAACUUAAGAAGUCUUUGGAAGAGAAAAAAUCUACAUGUGGCCUUUUGGAAACACAGAUCAAGAAGCUUCAUAAUGAUCUUUAUUUUAUCAAGAAGGCACAUAGUAAAAACAGUGAUGAAAAACAGUCCCUUAUGACCAAAAUAAAUGAACUAAACCUUUUCAUCGACAGAUCAGAGAAAGAACUUGAUAGAGCCAAAGGUUUUAAGCAGGAUUUGAUGAUAGAGGACAAUCUUUUAAAACUUGAAGUUAAGCGUACUCGAGAAAUGCUUCACAGUAAGGCAGAAGAAGUUCUUUCCCUAGAAAAAAGAAAACAGCAAUUAUACACAGCAAUGGAAGAGCGAACUGAAGAAAUCAAGGUUCAUAAAACAAUGCUUGCGUCACAAAUAAGAUAUGUUGAUCAAGAACGGGAAAACAUAAGCACUGAGUUUCGCGAGCGGCUAAGUAAAAUUGAGAAGCUGAAGAAUAGAUAUGAAAUUCUGACUGUUGUUAUGCUGCCUCCCGAAGGAGAAGAGGAGAAAACACAGGCCUAUUAUGUAAUAAAGGCUGCUCAAGAAAAAGAAGAACUUCAAAGGGAAGGUGACUGUUUGGAUGCCAAGAUCAACAAAGCUGAAAAAGAAAUCUACGCUCUAGAAAAUACCCUUCAAGUGCUGAACAGCUGUAACAACAAUUAUAAGCAAUCUUUUAAAAAAGUGACUCCAUCUAGUGAUGAGUAUGAGCUAAAAAUUCAACUAGAAGAAGAAAAAAGAGCUGUUGAUGAAAAAUACAGAUACAAACAAAGACAAAUCAGAGAACUUCAAGAAGACAUCCAGAGCAUGGAAAAUACAUUAGAUGUUAUAGAACAUUUAGCAAAUAAUGUUAAAGAAAAGUUGUCAGAGAAGCAGGCUUAUUCAUUUCAACUAAGUAAAGAAACGGAGGAGCAGAAGCCAAAAUUAGAAAGAGUGACCAAACAGUGUGCAAAACUCACAAAGGAAAUCCGUCUUUUGAAAGACACAAAAGAUGAAACAAUGGAAGAACAAGACAUCAAACUUCGUGAAAUGAAACAGUUUCACAAAGUUAUUGAUGAAAUGUUAGUUGAUAUCAUAGAAGAAAAUACUGAGAUCCGUAUUAUCCUUCAAACAUACUUUCAACAGAGUGGGUUAGAACUACCUACAGCUAGCACAAAAGGCAGUCGUCAGAGCUCUAGAUCUCCUUCACAUACUUCACUAUCAGCAAGGUCAUCUAGGAGUACAAGUACAUCUACUUCUCAGUCUUCAAUUAAAGUACUGGAGCUUAAAUUCCCGGCCUCCUCUUCACUAGUAGGCAGCGCUUCUAGGCCAUCUAGUGCUAGUAGUAGCUCUAGUAAUGUUAAGAGCAAAAAGAGCAGCAAAUAAACAUUUUAAUCUCUUCUGAAAAAGUUGUAAACACAAAAACAAAAAUAUACUUUAAAAUACAAAACGCCCCAACACAUUUUAUCUAGUGGAAAGUGUAAAAACUUAGUGGUAAGUGUAAAAACUGACAGUUUUUUAAAAAAAGGAACGUUCUCAUUUUCUCUACUGUUUUCUUCAUACUGAAGAAAAACAUUAAUAGCAGAUUCUUGACAAGGCUACAUGUUAUACAAGCAUAGGAAAAAUGCUGUAUUUCACUGUAAUUUUGAUGUUCGUAGUGUUAGAAAAUAGUUUGCUUCAUUAUUUCACGAAACUACACUCACUUCUAAUGUAACAAUCUUUCAAGAAGAAAUUUCUAAAGAUUUACUGUACUAUUAUGAGCGUAUUGCAAUGUGAAAAUCUCAUUUACCCUACAAGACACCAAAAUUAGGUUUUCUUUAUUCAAAGUAACUAUUUCUCAGACUUUUGGGGAGAAAAAUUGUUAAAGGCAGUUUCUUCUUUUGCUAUAAUUUUUAACCAAAAAAUAGCAUCAACCCCUACCCAACCCCCCAAAAAAAAACCUGUAAGAGAAACACUGUAUAUCAAUUUUAAAAUGCAGCUUAAAUUUAUAAAAAUCACUUCUGACCUUGAAAUAAAUCAAACGCAUUAAAGAUUUGCUUUCAGAUACAGCCAACCAAGUAUAAACAAUUUUGAAAUUUUCUUGAUUUAAUAAACAAUUUAAUGAAAGCUAGGUAUGACUUGAUUUGCAAUAGAAAUUUCAUUUACAGUUGGAGGUAGACUGCCAAAUGUAGUAGUUUUUCCACUUAAAACACUUCAUUAUAACAUGUGCCCAACACUUUGUACUCUUGGAAUAGAAUGUGGAAUAUUAUAAAACUGGAUUUUAAAUAAAUGUAUUAGAAUUCAUGAA